GUAUUUUUGAGUUCGGAAUUUGUGUCACAUGAAAAUAAAAAAAAAAAAAAAAACAACAACAACAAAAGAAGAAGUGAAAUGAAGAAGUGUUGAGCGCAAAAAGGGAACACAAAGAAAAUUACAUACAAAUCGGUUGAUCAGUGGCUUUGUAAUAAGAGCUCACGAUCACGAUCAAAAAUCAAGAUCUUCCAAAGGAAUACAGAACUAAAAAGAAAACGAAAAAUAAACAUUAAAGAGAAAUAAUAAAGAAGACCAAGAAUAUAAGAAAAAAGAAGAAGCAGCAAAAUGAAUGAAGUGCUGACGGUUAGUAUAGCCGUUUUGUGCUGCCUGCUUAUCGCGAAACCGAUAGCUGUUAACUGCGAAGAAGAAUCAUUGGCCGGCAGCUUUCUUUCCGGCCUCCUAGAUACCAUAACCAGCACAGCUGAUUCCAAAGACUGUCCCGGAAUCUGUGUCCAUAGCUUAGCAGUGUUAAUAUGUGAUGAAGUUCUACACGAUGUUGCCUGCCCUUCGGCCAGUAUGAAAUGUUGCAUACAAAAUUCCGUAGCUAAAAAUACAAGUUCAUCCAAUCAAAGUCCAUCAACAACUUCAAAGCCGGAAACUACAACAAAACUUCCCACAACAACAACAACAUCAACAACACCCAAGCCAAAACCAACACAGAAAAAAGUACCAACAACAACGACAACAACUAAAAAGCCAGUCUUGUCUAAAAAACCAUUAAAAGUUGCUGAGAAAGAUGAUAAAGAUUCCUUAAAAGAAACUUGCAGUGGAGUUUGCGUUGCUGAUAGAAUCGCAGAAUAUUGUGAAGCCUAUCUAACCAGCUCGGGUCUAUGUCGGACCGGUAGCAAGUGUUGUGUUUCGCUGGUUGAGUUUCCCAAUGGAAAGCUACCAAAGGAUAUCUACAUACCAGCAAAACAUCAAAUGGGAAAUAAUAUGAUGAAUCAAACUGAAGAAAACAAAAAGAAUCCACCUACAAAAACAACAGGAUCUUCCCAAAGUACGACUUCAUCAACAACAUCAACGACUAUUAAGGUUACAACAACCACAACUCCCGAACCAGCUCGUGUGAAGACCAACUCUCCACCAAAACCCCACAAGUCUACAAUGAAGAAAGUUCCCGCUACCACAACAACCACCGAAUCUCCCCAAGAAGAUGAAACUUCGAACGAUGAUGAUGAUGAGCAAAAUGAAAACAACAACAACAAUAACGGACAAGUCCUUAAAGAAUGUGAAGGCGAAUGUUUAAGUGGCCUAUUUUCACUUUUUUGUGAAGAUAUUGACUCUGAGGCCUAUUGUCCUGGGGAAAGUAAUUGUUGUGUAAAUGAUGUUAAAUCUGAGGCUCCACCAACAACACCAAGCUACAAACCUACACCAGCAGCUAAGGUUCCUUCAAAGCCUGCCGCAAAGGUUCCACCAAAAAGUCCUGUAAAAAUCGCUCCACCACAAGCGCCAUCGCCAUCAUCUUCAUUGCAAUCGGCAGUCCAAGAUAUAUUAAUCUCGCAAUUUAUGAACUAUGCUGAAAAUACACUAACAGGUGGAGGAAGUACUACAAGCAGUAGCCCUCAGCAAAGACCUCCUCAACAACAGCAACAACAACAACAACAAUAUCCACAGCAACAAAAUAAUCAGAUUGGACCAUGUCCUGGUUAUUGUAUGUUACAUUUAAUGACAGCUUUUUGUGAUUAUCCUGCUGUGGUUAUACCACAAACAACGACUUGUGGUAAAAGCUCGGUUUGUUGUGAUAACACAAGAGCGGGUCCCCCAAAACAAAGACCUGGCAGUGGGCAGCUUCAAUCUCAGGCUCCUAAUCAACCACCUUCGGCUCCACCAUACGUUGUACCAAAUACACCAAGUCCUGAUCCACGUGAAGAGUGUCCAGGAUCAUGUAUUGUGAGCCUUUUGAGUUUUACAUGCUUCAAAAAUGCUGAAAUGACCAAUUUGUUCAAAUGCAAACGGUCUGGACAAAUGUGUUGCGCCCCAAAGAGCAAAAUUUUAGAGAAACAAGAUUUCAUGUCACGCAACGAUACGUAUGUUCACUAUCCACAAGCCCCACCACCGAUCGCAUAUCCUCCUCAACCACAGCCACCUGUCAAUCAGUAUCAGAAUUAUUUGCCAGCUGGACCACCACCGCCACCACCACCACAACUAGUCCAAUAUCAAACGCCAUCUGUGCCACAGCAUUAUCCACAAUAUGGACCGAUUCCAGCACCUCCAAUGUCAGUUCCUCAAGCUCCACCUCCACCACCGCCAACAACAACAACAACCACAACAACGACCACCACGACAACUGUCCGGCCACCAGUCUACUCCAAAUAUGUUUGCGGUGUUAAGGGUACUCGUCGCACCGGGCGCAGUCUUCGUUUGGACCACAUUAACUAUCGCCGCGAGAAAUACGGACGUGCAAGACGUCAAUUGCAACAGCAAAUGCGACAUCCUGUGUAUAUAAGUGAUGCUUCCACUGCAACAGCUUCAGUAUCAACAACAAAUAAUGGCAUCAUGAAGACCACAGAACGUCUAAUUCUCGGCUCAACUGUGAUCCCAAUCCAGAUCAAUAAUGACAAACUGGGUGAUUUGGUUUAUGGGGACGAGUACAUUGAGAACAAUCUAAUUAGACAGCCAGCAGCUUCUGACAGUAGUGCCAUUGAAAUUCCACAACAGCGGCCGGUGUAUAGUAAUUACAGUAUGCGUCGUCGCGGACGCGUUGUGGGAGGUGAAGACGGUGAUAAUGGCGAAUGGUGCUGGCAAGUUGCCUUGAUUAAUUCGCUAAAUCAAUAUUUAUGUGGAGCCGCUUUAAUUGGUACUCAAUGGGUGCUUACCGCUGCACAUUGCGUAACAAAUAUUGUUCGGUCUGGAGAUGCAAUUUAUGUCCGUGUUGGAGACUACGAUUUGACAAGAAAAUACGGUAGUCCGGGAGCUCAAACUUUAAGGGUGGCUACAACUUAUAUCCACCAUAAUCAUAAUAGUCAAACUUUGGAUAAUGAUAUUGCUCUUCUAAAGCUUCACGGUCAAGCUGAGUUAAGGGACGGUGUUUGCUUGGUCUGUCUACCGGCUCGAGGUGUCAAUCAUGCAGCUGGAAAACGUUGUACAGUUACUGGUUACGGAUACAUGGGUGAAUCUGGUCCAAUUCCAUUAAGAGUUCGUGAAGCUGAAAUACCCAUUGUAAGUGAUACAGAAUGUAUUCGUAAGGUCAACGCUGUGACGGAGAAGAUCUUCAUUUUGCCAGCUUCAAGCUUUUGUGCGGGAGGCGAAGAAGGAAACGAUGCUUGUCAGGGUGAUGGAGGUGGCCCUCUAGUCUGUCAAGAUGAUGGAUUUUAUGAGUUAGCUGGUUUAGUGUCAUGGGGCUUUGGUUGUGGUAGGCAAGAUGUGCCCGGUGUUUAUGUUAAGGUGUCAUCAUUUAUCGGUUGGAUAAAUCAAAUUAUAAGCGUAAAUAAUUUAUAGUUUUUAAGUUUUGAAUUUUCCAAAAAAAAAAAAAACAGAACAAUUUGGUUUCUAAAAUAAUGAUUUUUCAAUUACUCGAAUAAGAAUUUUUUUUAAGUUUCGAUAUUAGCAAAAAAGGGAAUUUUAAAUUAUUUUUUUUUACUUUAAGUUUCAAAAUUUUUAUAUACCAGUGGUAAUGAAUUUUCUCUGUUAAAAGAGAAAUUCGAAAAAAAAAAUGAAAUAGAGUGAUUAGAUUUAGAA